UUUCCUCCUCCUCCUCCCGCGGCUCCUCGGCACUCCCGUGCGCGGCGGCGGAGCGCCCAGGCGCAGCCCGGCAGCAGGGUGCGGCGGCGGGCGCGGGCUCGGUCUCCCCCGUCCUCCUCCCCCAGCGGCCGGUGCGAGGAUGUCCCGGAGACCCCGGCACAGUAUAUAUAGCAGUGAUGAUGAUGAUGAAGAUGUUGAGGUGUAUGAUCACGAUUACGAUGGUCUGCUUCCUAAGACUGGAAAACGUCACUUAGGAAAAACCAGGUGGACCCGCGAAGAGGAUGAGAAGUUGAAGAAGCUUGUGGAGCAGAACGGCACAGAAGACUGGAAAGUCAUUGCCAAUUUCCUUCCUAACCGGACGGAUGUUCAAUGCCAGCACCGAUGGCAGAAGGUACUAAACCCAGAACUUAUUAAAGGUCCGUGGACUAAAGAGGAGGAUCAAAGGGUAAUAGAGCUCGUGCAGAAAUACGGUCCAAAGCGCUGGUCGGUCAUUGCUAAGCAUUUGAAGGGAAGGAUUGGAAAACAGUGCAGGGAGAGGUGGCACAACCAUUUGAAUCCAGAAGUGAAGAAAACCUCCUGGACAGAAGAGGAAGAUAGAAUUAUUUACCAGGCACACAAGAGGCUGGGAAACAGAUGGGCAGAGAUUGCAAAAUUGCUGCCUGGACGAACUGAUAAUGCUAUCAAGAACCACUGGAACUCCACCAUGCGCCGAAAGGUUGAGCAGGAGGGCUACCUGCAGGAGUCCUCCAAAGCCUGCCACUCCUCAGCAGCUGCUGGCUUUCAGAAGAACAACCACUUGAUGGCCUUUGCUCACAACCCAUCGCCGCCCGCCCAGCUGCCGGUGGCCAGCCAGCCCCCGCUGGGCAGCGACUACCCCUACUACCACAUCCCUGAGCCACAGAACGUUCCUGGUCAGAUCCCGUAUCCAGUAGCACUGCAUGUAAAUAUUGUCAAUGUACCUCAGCCAGCUGCUGCAGCUAUCCAGAGACACUAUAAUGAUGAAGACCCUGAGAAAGAAAAGCGAAUAAAGGAAUUAGAGUUGCUACUAAUGUCGACUGAGAAUGAACUGAAAGGGCAGCAGGCAUUACCAACACAGAACCACACAUCAAACUACCCCGGCUGGCACAGCACCACGAUUGCUGACAGUACGAGGACCAGUGGUGACAGUGCACCUGUUUCCUGUUUGGGGGAACAUCACCACUGUACUCCAUCUCCACCGGUGGAUCACGGUUGCUUACCUGAGGAAAGUGCAUCCCCUGCACGGUGCAUGAUUGUUCACCAGAGCAACAUCCUGGACAAUGUUAAGAAUCUCUUAGAAUUUGCUGAAACACUCCAGUUAAUAGACUCCUUCUUAAACACCUCAUCCAAUCACGAGAGCUUGAACCUGGACAACCCUGCGCUUACCUCCACUCCGGUGUGCGGCCAUAAGAUGGCAGGUACCACCCCGUUCCACAGGGACCAGGCUUUCAAAGCCCAGAAGGAGAACCACGUUUUCAGGACUCCAGCAAUCAAGAGGUCGAUAUUAGAAAGCUCUCCAAGAACACCCACUCCAUUCAAAAACGCACUUGCAGCUCAGGAAAUCAAAUACGGUCCUUUGAAGAUGCUGCCUCAAACUCCAACUCAUCUUGUAGAAGAUCUGCAGGAUGUUAUCAAGCAGGAGUCGGAGGAAUCUGCAAUAGUGGCUGGGCUACAUGAAAGUGGACCCCCUUUGCUGAAGAAAAUCAAACAAGAGGUGGAGUCCCCAACAGAUAAAGCUGGGAAUUUUUUUUGUUCAAAUCACUGGGAAGGAGAAAACCUGAACACUCAGCUCUUUACACCGGGGUCUGCUAUGGAAGAUGUGCCAAAUCUUCUUACCAGUUCCAUUUUAAAGAUGCCUGUGUCUGAAGAAGAUGAUAGUUUUCACAAAACAGUUGCAGUACCUAGAAACAGGCCACUGGCUAGUCCUCUACAGCACCUGAACAACACCUGGGAGUCAGCGUCCUGCGGGAAGAUCGAGGAUCAGAUGGCUCUGACAGACCAGGCACGCAAAUACAUGGCCACCUUCCCCACCCGGACUCUGGUGAUGUGAAAGGGUCGACGCACAGAGAAGCAUUAUGGUUUUGAGAACACUUCACCUCCUCUGGGAAAUUCCUGUUCCUCUGCAUGAGAACUUUUCAUGAAUGGGAGAGGAGCCUAUCUUUGUUGUGGUACAACAGUUGGGAGAAGCACAAAGUGCAUUUAGUCACUCGGCAUAUAUAUUCUUGUUGGAUUUCACCCAACUUAAGAGUUUGUGUUUUUUUAAUGAUACUUGCCUAAAUUAUUAGGUAUUGAGUUUGAAUCAGUAAUUAAUGAUCUUAAGUGCGGUCUUAUAAUAAAGAUAAUUUUUCUUGUACUUUUUGAGAUCAAGCAGACUUAAUACACCAGUAUUGUUAUUUCAGUGAUGUGCUAGCCAGGGGUGGGGUUUAGUUUGUUUCUUUUUUUUUUUAUUUUGUUUUUUAAUAAUAAAAGAGCAGGUACUCAAACAGAUAUAUUUUAAAUCACUGAACAAAACGAAUUGGUGUAAAAUACCGAAGUGAAAAGCAUUACUACAAACGCUUGUCUGUGCAAAAGGGGAAAGCUGAUCAAGAUCGUGAAUGCUCAAACAUCCAUGCCUCUUGAAAUACUCCUUUCUGUUUUGGUUCUAGGCCAUUAUACAUUGUGUGUUUCUGUGGGGUGGGGGGGUGGGUAAUUAGCUUGCUUUAAAAAAUAUUACUGUAUGAAACAUAGAUUUAUGAGAAAAAUUAUAUUUUUAUUCAGUAAUUUAAUUUUGUAAAUGCCAAAUGAAUACUGUGUUUUGCUGCUACAGACCUUAGCGUGUAGACAUGCUGCUAGUGUAAAAGGAGCAGUAGAGCUUUACAUGGAAAAAAACAAAUGUUGAUGUUAGCUAAUUGACUAUGCACUAGCAUUUCAGACCUUUUUGUUUUAAUUUUUUUUUACAUCAUUUAUAUUUUGUCCCCCUUUUUUUAUAAGCAAUAUUUUUGAACACUGUUCUUGGGAGAUUUUUAUUUGUGUGGAUGUGUUGUUUUAUUUCUCAUUGGUUUGUAACAGCAUGCAUUGCACCUUCAUAUGUUUGGGAGAACACUGUCUUGUUCAUGUCGUCUCUUUUGUCCCAUGUCUAGCUAGUUGUUCCCUAACUUGGGUCUUGUGUACUGAAUCAGGUUCUUAGAAAUACAUGGUUCUUUUUACCGCCAUACAAUGAUCUUUAUUGAUAUGGCAAAACACUGAUUUUAUUUUAUUUUUUUUAUUUUUGUGUGUUUUUAUAACAGCCUAUGACUUUGCUGCCUUAAUAGCAUUUGGUGCAGCUUUAUCUGCACUUAAUUUUUUAUACAACAAUGUACUGCCUUGUAGAUAAAUAAAGUGUGUUCUUUUUUACUUAAACC